AUGUGUUCCCGGGUGUGGUUUGUAACUGACCGGCGUAUUAGCCAGGAGUAUCCUCAAGUUCAGAUUCUUCGGGCUCUGAAGGAGCGCUGCGUCGAGGAUGAUGUUGAAUUCCGUUCACUCCUCAUGGAUGAGAUUGUGAUAACGAUCACCGAUGGACAGCUAGGUCUUCGCGUUGGGCAAGAGAUGGUUACGUCAUAUCCCCAGGUUGCCGUGGUGCGGGUCCCCACGCCAUGGGUUCAGUCUGACAGUGACAUCACCGUGUUGAGGCACCUGGAGAAGAUGGGCUGUCGGCUGGUCAACAGGCCACAGGCCAUUCUCAACUGUGUCAACAAGUUCUGGACCUUCCAGGAGCUGGCCGGCCACGGAGUUCCCCUCCCCGACACCUACUCAUACGGUGGCCAUGACAACUUUCGGAAGAUGAUUGACGAGGCCGAGCCUCUUGGGUACCCAGUGGUGGUAAAGAACGCCCGUGGACACAGAGGGAAGGCCGUUUUCCUGGCCCGGGACAAACAUCACCUGGCUGACCUGUGCCACCUGAUCCGUCACGAUGCUCCCUACCUGUUUCAGGAGUAUGUGAAGGAAUCUCACGGGCGGGACGUGCGUGUGGUGCUGGUGGGGGGCCGUGUAAUUGGCUCCAUGCUGCGCUGCUCCACCGACGGACGCAUGCAGAGCAACUGCUCCCUGGGAGGUGUUGGCAUGAUGUGCCCCCUGAGUGAACAGGGUAAGCAGCUGGCAGUGCAGGUCUCCAACAUCCUGGGCAUGGACGUGUGCGGCAUCGACCUGCUGCAGCUCAACGACGGCUCCUUCGUGGUGUGCGAAGCCAACGCCAACGUGGGCUUCAUCGCCUUCGACCAGGCCUGCGGCAUGGACGUGGCCGGCAUCGUGGCCGACUACGCCCUCUCUCUGCUGCCCAGCCGACUCACCCGAAAGAUGUCUCUGCUGUCGGUGGUGUCCAGCGCCAGCGAGAGCAGCAGCGAACCUGGAGAGGUGUGCCCGCCGGUCAACGCCCUGCCAGAGGCCGUCUGCACCAUGAGCGUGGGCUCCACCUCCAGCGAGAGCGACCCGGAGCUGGCUGACUCGCGCCACACUCCCGCCCCAAAAUUACCCGACCUGGCCGGUCUGCCCCCUGACCCCAGCUACAACAUCAACAGCCUGCUCGCUAACGAGAUUAAACUAUUGACUGAGUGA